GGUAAAUAUAGAGCUAAUAAACUUCAACGAUAACGGGCUUUGGCGUUUUUGGGAAUUACCGGCGUAACCAUUUUGACGCCGGCAUCUUGUUUGCUCAAAGUACAAGUUUUCUAUUCGUCGAAAGCACAAUGGGGGAAAAUAAUUUCACAGCAAGAGCCUAUCAAAUGGAUUUAUUUGAAAAAGCUGUAAAGGAGAAUACGAUUAUUUAUUUACCAACUGGGACUGGUAAAACAUUUAUUGCAGUGUUGCUGAUAAAACAGCUGAGUGGCGAUAUUCGAAAGCCCUUUUUUGAAGGUGGAAAGCGUUCAAUUUUUAUCGUUAAUACCGUACCACUUGUAACGCAACAAAGUGAAUACGUUGCUAGGCAUACGGGUUUAAUUUGUAAGGGUUAUAGCGGAGAUAUGCAAAUAGAUUAUUGGGACAAAAAUAUUUGGUCUCGGGAAAUCGAGCACAAUCAGGUCCUGGUAAUGACGGCACAGAUAUUUGUUGACAUUAUAUCUCAUGGCUAUUUGGAAUUAAGAAGAGUGAACUUAAUUAUUUUUGAUGAGUGUCAUAGAGCGGUUGGUGACCAUCCAAUGCGUCAAGCUAUGCAGCUAUUCGAAACAUGUGCGGAACACCCAAGAGUAUUAGCUCUUUCGGCUACUCUUUUAAAUGCAAACAUAAAACUUCAUAAAGUAGAAGAAACCAUAAGGUCGUUAGAAGUAACGUUUCAUGCUAAAAUCGCAACUCUACAGUCAUAUGCGAUCGUUCAAAAUUAUGCUACAAAACCAAAUGAGUAUGUCGUCUUGUUUACACCACUUGAAGCUAAUAAAUUGAUCACUGAAGUUGAGGAAGUUUUAAAUGACAUGAUUUCCAUUUUGAACAUCGUGCAAUUACCAAAUGUUUGUACUAACAAUGAUUCCAGUGAUGUGUUCCAACCAAAGAGUAAAAAUUCAAAACUGAUAUGUGUAAUUGAAGACAUAAGAGACCAUGUUUACCAGACAGGUGUUUACGGGGGAAGCAAAGCAGUACUUUUGCAUAUGAUACAACUCGAGCAUAUAAAAAAAUACAAUAAUGACAUGCGAACAAUAUGUGUGUUAGAUUACAUGAUAACACAAUUGACAAAGAUAAGGAAAUUUUUUCAUCAUGAAAUGGAGAAAUAUACAGAGUUGGAAUGUAUUCAUAAAUUUUCAAGUGAUAAAGUUAGAAAACUUUUUACUAUUUUGAAGAAUUGCGAUGAAAAUAAAUUGAAGGAUCAGAAGUUUUGCUGCAUUAUAUUUGUGAAACGGCGGUUUACAGCUAAAGUACUGUAUCAUGUACUACAGAAAUUGCAUGAAAGUGACAACGAUUACAAGUUUUUAUUGCCCGAAUAUGUCAUAGGAUAUUCAAAUAAUCCAUUCAAAAAUUCCCGGGAGGUUCUCUGCAUUUCAAAAUGGAACAAAGAAAGUUUAAUAAAGUUCAGAAAUGGUCGAUCGAAUUGUAUCGUAGCAACUGAUGUCGUUGACGAAGGCAUAGACAUACCUGCUUGCACACUGAUUGUACGUUUCGAUGCACCAAUGGACUAUCGAGCAUAUGUUCAAAGUAAAGGUCGUGCUCGGGAUUCCGCAAGCCAAUACGCACUAUUAGUAUCCUCCAAUGAUAAAACUUUUCCAGCUGCAUACGCGACAUUCAAACAAAUGGAGGUGCAUUUGGAAGAGAUCUUGGUUGGAAAAACUGAUAAACGAUUACAGCCUAGUUCGGAGGAAAUAAAAACGAAAUUGUACUCUUAUUCGAUAGAUCCAUAUGUCGUACAGAAUGAGAGUGGCGGUACGAGUGUGUUAACUGAACAAAAUGCAAUUAGCAUGAUUAAUCGAUAUUGCAGUAGUUUAUACAGAUCAAAGUUCAUCGUUUUAUCACCAACAUGGGUUUUACACAAGAUUUCAAAAUUGGAUGAAUCUCUGUACAAGGUUACGUUAAAAUUACCAUCGGUAUCGCCAUUGAGUGAAACCAUUGUAGGUGAUGAAAUGCCAAGUAUAGAUGAAGCUAAGCGAUCCGUUGCUAUGAAAACUUGUAUCGCAUUGCAUAAAAUGGGUGAAUUAUCGAACUACUUAUUGCCUAUUACUGGGACGAAUAUUCCGAAGAAUACCGACCACUUGUUCCCGCAUUGGGACGAUGAAGCACCAGAAGUUAAUAAAGCUUUCCUGGGCACUAACCGAAUGAAGAGGAAGCACGAUUUGGUGCAUUCAGAAGCACUUUAUAGUGCAUUUCCUAAGGCAAAUGCAGAAGUCUAUCUUCACGUUCUCGAUGUCCAACCGAAAUAUCAGCUUCCAACUGAUAACAGACGUCUCGUAUUUUAUAAUUUGUUGAAUGACAGGGCUGGAUACGCUAUUCUAUCGUCGAAAAAGAUGCCACAGAUUCCAUCGUUUCCAAUUUUUAUGAACGUAGGUGACCUGCGGGUCAAUGUAAUUGUUAAUCAUUCAUCAUUGAAGCUGAAUGAAGAACAAAUUCUAUCGCUCUCAAUAUUCCAUUCUAUAGUAUUCAAUCAGGCAUUGCAGCUUGUAAAGUCGUUCAUGGUUUUCGACAAAGAAAAUUUGGACAAUUGCUUCUUGAUCGUACCAGUUAACAGCAACUGGGAUAUUAAUUGGAAUCUCAUCGAGCAGUAUAAGUUAAUACAAAAAAUACCACCCUCGGUUCCCUUGAAUGUUCAGGAGAAUUAUAAAUUGGCCCUGGUAACACCAAGUUAUCGAGCAGUGCCCAGUGUUUACAUUGUUACCGACAUUUGUAACAUGGCUGCAAACUCGCAAUUCCCAACCGAAGAUUAUAGUUCUUACGUCUCCUACUUUAAGGAGAGACACGAACUAACUAUACAGGAUGAGAGUCAGCCAAUGCUGGAGGUGAAACUGAUUUCUCCAAAAAUAAAUUGCAUCAGGCCAAGGAAAGUAAACACGAGUUUGACUAAACGCAAACGAGGCGACGUCUCCGAGGAUUUUGAAGAGCACUUGGUCCCGGAAUUGUGUCAUAAGUACACAUUUUCGGCAUUGUACUGGCUCAAGGCAACCUAUCUACCUUCGGUACUUCAUCGAAUUAACCAACUGUUGGUCGCAGAAGAUCUAAGAGUGAAAGUAGCUCUAGAGGCAAAUCUGGGAAGAUCUAGUCUACCCUUGGGAGAAACCUGGGAGCCUUUGAUAAUCGUCGACAAAGUCGAGGAAACCGAACCCAUACUGGAUUACACUUUGGACGACACUCUACCGGAAGCUUCACUUCCGGAACCGGAACUCGUCGGGCCGGAAAUCGACGUAUUAAGCUCCGAGACGAAACUGUACUCGUGGACGAAGGAACAGGAACCCCCGAACCUGGACAAAGACAUCGAGCAGAUUCAAAUCAUCGAUAUUGAGUAUUAUUACCAGUUCAUGAACGUUGUCAACGAAACCGAUAAAGAAGCUUUGGUUAAGAGAAACCGUGUGCUAGAGUACUCGAAAAAGCCAACGGUGAAAGUGUCGAAAUUAAAUAUGCUACAUCGGAACAACCCCAGGGGCCCUAGCCCGGUGGAUAUUGCUCAGGCGUUAACGAGUAAAAUGGGACAUGAUGCCUUUGACCUGGAACGCUUGGAAACUCUGGGAGAUGCAUUCUUAAAAUUCGCAGUCUCGCUGUACCUCUUCGAUUGCUUUCCGCAGUACAACGAGGGACAGUUGACGUCAUUGAAGAUGAAACUACUUGGCAAUCGGAAUUUGUAUUACUGCGGUAAAAGCAAAGGCGUUCCUGGGCGCAUUAAGGUCGACGAAUUCGUGCCCAAUAGCAACUUUAUCAUUCCUGCUACAGUGUGCCAAAGAGACGUGCAAACUGUAAUGCGCAUAGCGGAGGUAUCGCCUAGUGUUUUGUAUGAAUUGGAAAUACCGGCCGAGGAGAGAUUGAGUGGUUACGUUAGUCAUGCAACGUUGAAUUCCAUCAAGGAGAAGAUAUUAGCCUGGGAUGAUGUUAAAACACAUUCCAGUUUAGAACACUUUUUAGGAAUGCAAACUGUACCGGAUAAAGUUGUCGCAGAUGCUGUAGAAGCACUGAUCGGUGUCUAUCUUAAAGAACUAGGAGCGGAAGGAGCCGUGAAAUUUUUAACCUGGCUCGACGUUUUGCCCAAAAACAUUGAUAUUAAAAAAGUGUUCUUCCAAGCAUCCGAAAGUCCAAGAUAUGGGGAAGGUAACAUCAACAUUCACAUGCCGUGGGCCAACUACAUAGAGGAAAAAAUCGGCUACAAAUUUAAGGACCGUGCUUUUCUAUUACAGGCAUUUACGCACCCCUCAUAUACACCUAAUAACAUUACGCCAUGUUAUCAACGACUUGAAUUUCUGGGUGACGCAAUACUAGACUUCUUAAUUACUCUACAUAUAUACGAGACGUUUGAGGAUUUAAAUCCUGGAGAGCUUACGGAUCUGAGAUCUGCUCUUGUAAAUAACAUAACAUUCGCGUGUUUAGCAGUUCGUCAUGGACUGCAUACAGCUUUAUUGGCAUAUGCCCCACUGUUAAAUGACAUAAUAGAUCGGUUCGUCAAAUUCCAGGAGGAAAGGAAUUUCGUAAUUAAUGACGAGUUGUUAUGGAUACUUCUGGAAGAAGAAGAAUGCAAUAUGGCAGAACAUGUUGAUGUACCGAAAGUCUUGGGAGAUAUCUUUGAAUCUGUCAUCGGCGCCAUAUAUUUAGAUACUGGCAAAGACCUUGUGAAAGUUUGGGAAAUAGUCUACGCUCUGAUGAACAAAGAAAUCGAAACAUUCAGUUCCAAUGUUCCUAAGCAGCCUAUACGUGUCAUUCAUGAAACACCAGGAGCAAAACCAGAAUUUACGCAAGCUUCUACGAUAGAAGGCACGAACACUGUAAUGGUGUCUUUAUAUGUAUUCGAUGGUGGGAAAAAGAAAUGCUUCCAUGGAUUUGGUGGUAAUAAAAAAGAAGCUAAAUGUGCUGCCGCCAAACAAGCAUUGAAGUAUUUGAGGUGUAAAAAGUAAAAUUGUUGUGUUGAAAAUGUUAAAUCGGUUCUAAUGCGAAUAGUUUACAUAAUGUAAAAACACACUUUCGGUGUACAAUAACGUAGCCGAAUACAUUUAUCUUUGGUCUAUUAAUUGCAAACGUAGCUCAAAUUGCUUCCUUCCCAUAAAAAGCUCAAAUCAAUUAUUUUGGCCAAAUUCAUUCCAUUGAAAUCCCUGCUGAAAUCUUCUUGUCAAAUGUUACAAUAAAAACUGUAUAGAACCAAAUAACAAAAUUAGGAGCUAAAUUUGAAAAUAAUAUUUUAUUUGGCGAGCACCGAAAGGAUCAUAUGCUACGAGUACAUCUCGGGUGCUCACCAAAUAAAUUAUUGUUUUCAAAUUUAGCACCGGUUUUUUUUUUUAUUUGGUUUGAUAUAGUUUUUAAUAUUUAUCUUUGGUUUGAGGAAGUCGAAAAUCUUGUACAUGCAACAUACGUGAAACAAAAUAUACUGUAACAUUUCGCAAAAAGAUUUCAGCUAGGAUUUCAAUCGAGUGAAUGUUCCACUAUAUUUGGCAAAAACAAUUGAUUUGAGCUUUUCAUGGGAAGGAAGCAAUUUUACCUAUUUUUGGAAUUAAUUGGCGCAAGAUAAAUGUAGUUAGCUAAGUUUUUGUACACCAAAAGUGUGUUUCGAGUGGGUUUAAUUUAUUUUUAUGAAAGAUAAACAUGUUAAUGUCUCUAUGUCAUAAAAUUUGUAAUACAUCUACUGUUCAUUCUUAUAAA